ACUGACCUGGUACUCCUCACACCACUUAACAGCCACUUGUCUCAUCCCACCUGGGCCUUAGGUUGAUUUCAAAGAUGCCUCAGUUACUGCGAAACAUUAAUGGCAUCAUCGACGCCUUCAGGCGCUAUGCAAGGACGGAGGGCACCUGCACAGCCCUCACCAGAGGGGAGCUGAAAAGACUCUUGGAGCAGGAGUUUGCCGAUGUGAUUGUGAAACCCCACGAUCCGACCACUGUGGAUGAGGUCCUGCGUCUGCUGGAUGAAGACCACACAGGGACUGUGGAGUUCAAGGAAUUCCUGGUCUUGGUGUUUAAAGUGGCCCAGGCCUGCUUCAAGACACUGAGCGAGAGUCCUGAGGGAGCCUGCAGCUCUCAAGGGUCUGGCAGGCUCCACCCUGGGGCCUCGCAGGAGCUGGGGGAAGGACAGAGAAGUGGCACCGAAGUGGGAAGGGCGGGGAAAGGGCAGCGUUGUGAGGGGAGCAGCCAGGGACAGUGCGAGCAGACUUCCAGGGGGCAGAACAGGCCUGGGGCUCAGACCCAGGGUGCGGCCACCGUCUCUGUGUGGGUCAGCAGCCAUGACAGGCAAGCUGAGUUCCAGAGCCAGGAGAGAACAAGCCCACAGACACAGCUCUGGGAGCACACACAGCAAAUCCAGGCAGUUGGUGAAGGCCAGAGUCUUCAGACCAGGGAGAUGAGGCCAGAGAGACAGCCACAGACCAGGGAACGAGACAGAGCCUGCCAGACAGGUGAGAUUGUGACUGGAUCUGGAACUCAGACCAAAGCAGGUGCCACCCAGACUUUGGAUCAGGGCAGCAGCCACCAGAUAGGAGGCACCAACACCCAGACACAGGAGUCCACCAGUGGCCAGAACAGAGAGACUGAGACCCACGGUCAAGGCAGGAGCCAGACCAGCCAGGCUGUGACAGGAGGACACGCUCAGACACAGGCAGGGUCACACACCCAGACUGUGGAGCAGGACAGAAGCCAAACUGUAAGUCAUGGAGGAACUAGAGAACAGGGACAGACCCAGACAGAGUCUGGCAGUGGCCAAAGAUGGACACCAGUGAGCAAGCCUGAGACAGGAGAGACAGUACCAGAGGGACAGGCCCAGACUGGGGCAAGCACUGCAUCAGGAAGGCAGGACUGGAGCAGCCCUAGUGUGACAGAAAGGCAGGGAGACAGACAGCCCGCAGUGGUUGUUGAGGAAUGGGUUGAUGACCACUCAAGGGAGACAGCGAUCCUCAGGCCGGACCAUGGCAGCCUGCAUCCAAGUGUUUCCUCAGCACAGGGCCAGGAUGCAGCCCAGCCAGAAGAGAAGCAAGGCAUCACCGCUAGGGAGCUGUAUUCCUACUUGAGAAGCAACCAACCAUGACUCCCCCUGACUCCAAUGCCUAGUACUGGAAGAAGAUAGCUGGAGACAGGUUGGCUUGUCCUGCACGGCCAGUCUAGUGGGUGCAUCCCUGGACAUCGGCUCUUUAUUAUGCAGCUUCUCUUUUAGGUCUUUCUCAAUGAGAUCAUUUCUGCAAGGAGCUUUCUAUCCUAAACUGCCCUCUCUUACCUGCUUUGCAGUGCAGACCCUCUCAGGAGCAGGAAGACAUGGAGCAAGUAACUUCUUUGUACUGAACUAUCUUAUCUUGUGGGGUUUUCAGAACUAUUUUUAUCUCUGACAUCUCUCUAUUGCCCCAUCUACCCUAAUGCAUCAAUAAAAUCUUAAGCAACUGGC